GCUCAAUCAGUGAGACACCCCACUGCCCGACACCACCUUAUAUACAGGUUCAACAAGUCACACCUCGCUGCUGAUGUAUCAGAAUUCCACCCUCUGAUGUUGUCAGGUUACCACCCUAUGAUGCUACUUAGAUACCACCCAUCACCCUGCAUCUCGUGGUUUGAUUAGAUCAUCUGUCUCUAGCAUUCUGUCAUUUUAGACCCUUUCCUGAUCCUGGGUCAGUAUCUGUGAGAAGUGGGUACCAAGGUCUUUUUUAAUGACCUAGUGAUAUCAUGUGAUUUCCACUCAUGACCAGUACCAGUUAUUAUUCUGCAGUCAGUACCUAGCACCAUUUAGUGUUUUGUAUGCUCAGCGCUGUUCGUGCCAAAUUCUGUGAGCUGGGGCCUGCCUCUUGCUCGCAGCUUAGCUUUGCUUUACAUUAGCCAUGUUUUGCCCAUUGUUAAAUAAGCCUUAGGCCUCAAACCAGGCCUGUGAUGCGUGGGCUUAUGUUUUAGGCUUUCAUCUUACUACAAUUACAAAAUGUGACCAGUCCUUCAUUCCAAACAACUUGUUCAAUAACAGUAUUUCUGGAUUCCAAAUAAGAAGCAUGCCUGGACCGAUUACUGUAAAACUGUAGUUUUUCUCCCACUUCAUAAGAAGUACAAAGCUUGUGCACAGGAGAGGUCCUAAUGGCAUUAUGGUAAGUGUAAAUGAAUCCACCCUCAUAUCUGUGUAUCUGUUGAUGCUCUCUAAUGUCAGUUACAUCCCAUUGAACCCGUGAUGGCUUUUAUGUGAAGUGUAUUGUAGCAAACUGUGGUGGCCAACCUUCUAGAACAAAUGUACAAGAAAUAAGAAUGCAGACAGGGAUUUACAUUACUUGGUGGUAAAAUCUGCAUCUUUUGUAAAAGGAGGUAGUGAUUAUCUUAUAAUUACAAGAUAACACUUUUAUGGCAUUGCCACCCUCAGCACGUAUACCCCUACCAUCAUGUAGGAAGAUCACAGCAGUUGGCAAUUUUGUCCAGCCCUAGUCAGUUACAUCCUGCAUGGCAAAGGAAGUGUGUGUAUGUUGGACUCUGGGUCUCAGGAGCGGAGGAUUAGCUCCAUGCUCUGCUGGCUCAACAAACGGGCUCUUAUUGCCAGUGCCCUGGACCAGUGGACCACUCCUGCCAAAGUGAGCUUGCCCCCAGGUUGCUUUGUUUACAUGAAGCAGCAGAAGUUUGGCCUUACAACAAAAAGAAAAGAAAUGCCAAAAUAAAACCUCCCCCUUUCAGAGAAAGGGGUUUACUGCAGCUCAAGGAAAGGUGCAGUGUUCAGUGAUGAAGAGCCCAGUCCUAUGGAAAGCACAAGCAAAGGUUGCACACACCUUAUAACUCAGUCCAUGCUCAGACACUGCUACCUCAGAAGCCAUCUCAGCGAUCAGCACCCAAACAGCCUGAACUCAGUCCCUGCUUUUAGGGCUCAAUUCAGUUAUUGUGGUGCUGGAUCCAGCUUCCAUUGAAGUCAUUGGUAGUUCUUCCCUUAUAUGCCUCAUCACUUGCCGGACUGGUUGCUGCAGCUCACGUUAAGGUUGCCUGAUCCUUCCCAUUAGAAAACCCUGUUUUCAGCUGCUUGUAACGUUGCUGAGUUUUGACUGUUCAGGUGAAAUUUCCAGGCUAGCUGUCUGCGUCAGGCUGGCAUGGUUUUGAAAAUUUCAGCCAAAACAGAUAUUCCCACAGAACAUUUUGAUUCCAUCAGAUCCGCGUGUCCAGACGAAACCUGUUGCACCAGACAACUUUUGAGCAGCUCUACUUUUGACCUUUGUCUCUGUGCUGUAUGUUGCCAUCUGUAAAAUGGGGAUAACACCAUCCCUCAUGUCGCUGGUGUGUUGAGAAGAUAGGUUGCUCAGUGUUUGUGAAGUGUCACAAGGAAUGUCACAAGGUGGCUGGCCCCUCACAAGAGAUGUGCCCUGCCCACCUGUGACAGUCUUUGCCUCUCCAUAUGGAAGAAAUAAACUGAGACAUGCAGCAGAUGGUUAUGUGACUAAACCAAGCCUUGGGGGAGGAGAGAGGGUUAGAAAAAGAGAGUCUUGUUGACUAUCAGGGGGGAUAGACUGAGAGCUGGAGUAGAGAUCAAGCUCCUCGAGAAGGAGGAGCUAAGCCCAGCUGGAAACUGCUGGAAAGAUGCUGCAGGGACCCUGAGAAACUGGGUAAGCAGCAGAGGCUGGUGAACAACUGCAGUGCAGGAGGAGUGUCAGCCACUGGAGAUCUCUGUCCCUUUCUCUCCUGGUCCCACCACUAGACCUACUGGGGUCAGGUCAGACGGAGCUGUCCAAGUUUUUGACAGUCCCUACAGGUGGAGAAGGGGUCUGCUUACGACGGAGUGGAAAGAGAGCAAGGAGGUGAAAUUUUCAUUCCCAUUGCAUCAGCUGCCCAUGGGAAAAUAACCUGUCGGGCCACCAUCUGUGAGACGUGGGAAGGGCCACCAUGAGCAGCAAUGAGAAGCAAAUGGACUCAUCUCCUCUGCUGGAGCCACCCAAGAGGAAGAGGGGAAGACCAAAGAAGCAACCUCAGGAGCUUCUGGGACCUUUGCCCUUGAAGAAACCACGAGGAAGGCCAAAAGGAAGCAAAAAACUGAGUUCCAGUGCUGGGCAGACGGUAGAAUCUUCUGCUGAGAAAAGACCACGAGGACGCCCCCGAAAGUGGCCUCAGCUACUGAUCCAGAAGAAAGAAACCCAGGAAGGCUAUCCCCAAGAGAGCAGUGACCUGAAUUCUAAUUCACCACCUGCCACAGGAGGCAUGCCUGGAAAAGAAUCUCAUCGGAUGGGCAGGACCACUGGCCUCAGGAGACCUCUGAGCACCACCCCAGCUGCACCCCAGUAACACCCUGCCCGCUGAUGUCGUACUGAAGCCACAAGGACCAGGAGAACCAACCAACCAACCAACCAGUCUUAAUUUCACACUUAAAAUUCUCCCCCCACCAUAACUGUGGCAAAGCCAGAAUCCUUGCUCCCCUCUAGCUCACCCCAUGCAGCAGCCUGCCUCCCAGAAAGCAGUACAGAAAAACGGAUCCCCUCACCUAGUUGGUAUGAGACCUUUGCAAGUAAUUAGGGUUAAGUUAGUCUCUGAAAAAGCCUUUACAGCUUGUACCAUGUGCUGUGAGGAAUGGCCACAGUCACACAGGAAAGGAAAGUUGACUUAAUACCUGCAAACCCGGUGCAAGUGACCAAGUCACACUACCGGUAUUUGGACUCACCUAGUAACACCACCGAGGGACUGGGGCAGAUGCCUCUGUUUUCCGCACAGCAUCAAGAAAGCCUUUGGGGACCAGUUCCUAGAUUAGAUUUCUGCUCAUUUCUUUGGGCAAUGCGGAAUCCUUUUGUCCACCCUACCCAAAUAGAAAAACCAAUGGGAAUUGCUCUACUGCCAUGAGCCAGUGCUUCAUCUAGUCAGCUAGCCUUGCUUCAGCUGUCAGGCUUGAAAAAGCUGGACUGUUGGGGCAUAUCUUCCUCCCCUGUUGAUAAUCCCUGAAGAAGUCCAGGGGUUAUUUCAUGGACCAUUUCCCCAGUUUGCACGUAGGCACAAUUCUUGUCACUAUUGUUGCUGAAAUAGUCCCUCUUCCCCAGCUGGACAAAAUAACAUUGAAAAACUUAAAAAACAACAAAUAGUAGCACGUUAAAGACUAACAAAACAUGUAGAUGGUAUCAUGAGCUUUCGUGGGCAAAAGCCACUUCUUCAGAUGACUGGACAUUUGAAGAAGCGGGUCGUACCCAUUGAAGCUCAUCAUACCAUCUACAUGAUUUGUUAGUCUUUAAGGUGCUACUAGACUAUUCAUUGUUUUUUUAAGUUUUUCCAGUUACAGACUAACUCGGCUCCCCCUCUGAAGCAAAAUAACAUUGGUGGUUUCCACCAUUCCCCUUCAUGAGUGCGGUGAUGUGGCCUUGGAGGGGAAGGGUGAGCAUGUUUCUUGCUGCAUUUUCCUUCAUUUUUUUUUAGAUAACUUCACUACUUUCUGCUGUUAACUGUCCCAAACCUGGCCACAGUGACAUAAUGGGUAAGAUUCCUAUUCUAUGGUACAUUCCAUUAGAGCAUCCAUUUCCUGUCCUUCUGAGUCCAUGGACUGGAGCGGGGCUUCAUUAUCAGGAUGAUACACUCAUGGCUCAUCUCACAAUUCAGAGGCCAUGCUGACGAACACAGAAAUCCAUUUUAAAUGCUUGGCUCAGAGUGAAUUAACAGACUGAGGGAGUCCUCUGUCUGCCAGAUGCUAGGAGUGGAUUUAACUAGUAUUUCUCAGCCAUGAGUGUGGCAGGCAAAAUGCCAGACUGAGACUUUCUCUCUUCCUAAAAUGCACUCGGGGUAAACACUCGUAUAAUUUUCAGUCUGGUUAAUUACUAUGAGUGAUAUUCAGGCAUUUCUCAGUACAUUUUCUAGAUCUUUCUCACUUGGUGUGCAUACACAAGGACAGGGAAAAGAGAGGUACAGGUGAGGGAGGCCAGCUGUCCUGGAGCCCUUAUCAAUGUCCUCUUACUUGUAAAACGGGUCAGUCUUCACUACCUCUUGCUGUCUCACUCAGCAACUGCAACAGAAAAGUUGCCAUAAAAGCAUGGCUCUCAUGGGAACAACAAGCAGAAUUCUAUGCUGUUCAGAGAUAAUUUGUAUGUCUGCUCCUUUUAGGAGUCUGGUGCUGUGAAUGAAACAAAAAGUAGAGUCUAUCUUCCUGUAAAGACUAGGGGUGAAAACCUGGCCCAGAUGAAGUUAAUGGCAAAAUUGCUGUUGCCUUCAGUGGGGUCAGGUUUUCACUCUGUAGCUUUCUUACUUCUUAGGGAAAAAAUAGAAUGCUUUUUAUUCCUCACAUGUUUGACUUUUCAGUCUAUGCCAAACAAUGGGCCUAAACCAAAACCCUGCAUCGAAACAUGAAUUUGUAAUCUUUGCAAUGCUGUCAAAUCAAAUGUAUCAAGUUUUCCCAUCAAAUAAAAAUAACUAGCAAGAAAGACAGGUUCAUUUUGCAAAAUCAUCAACCGGGCUAUGAUUUUGUGGACUAAAAAUGGAGAUUUGGAUGCACAUCCCAUUUUAUCUGUGCUCUAAAGUUUGGCAGGAUCAGAGAAAUGGUUCUGGCUUUUGCCCAUAAAUAAAUAUAAAAAUUUGGGAUUAGUUUUUUUUUUUUUUUAAAUAAAGGCAUAAGUCAUGUA